AUUUUUAAAACUUUCGCUAACCUCACUAAACUUCCUGCUUGACAGAUUGAAUAAUAAAGAAUAAUAAUGCAAUAUUAUAGUGAUUCCAGCGAAGAAAAAGAUAUAAAACCACUGAUAUUAAACAAUGAUCACUUCUCUAGCGGGUCUGUGAAGAAGUGGCAGCCGCACGCAUGGCACGAUGGCAAUCGCCGCAGCGCUUUCCAACCUUACAAACAAUCAUGCACUGUACUCACCAAUCUCCAGAGAGGUAACACUCCUGCUGCAACACCUGUCCCUCAAGCAACAGAUAUUAAUUUUCACACACGCGCCGGUCAAGGCGAGAUCACUGAAGAAGACAUCAUGAAUGAAAAGUCAGUUGACAUAUGUGAUGACAAUGGGUUGACAGCACUGCACUGGGCUGCAAAUUAUGGACAAAUUAAUGUUGUGAAGCUUUUACUGGCACAUCAUGCUAUGGUUGAUAGGGAAGGUCCUGAUGGAGAGACUCCACUACUGCUUGCUGCAAAUGGAGGGCAUAAUGAGGUUGUAAAAGUCUUGAUUAAGGAAGGAGCUGAUGUUAAUCAUGUUGAUCAUGCUUGUAAUACCGGACUGAUGUACGCUGCAGGAGGGAAUCAUCCACACACUUGUAACGAUUUACUUGCGCACAAUGCAAAUCUAACUCUGGUGAAUUUAAACGGAGAAACUGCGUACGACUUGGCAGUCGACAGUUCCUCAUAUUUAGCACAAGCUAUUUUAGAGAAUCAUUUACUUGACUUACUCAAAUGAACAUUUUUUAUCUGCAUGUCCAUAUAUACAUUAACUGCUUAGUCAUUCAUGUUUUUACUAUGUAAUAUCAGUUUAUUUAGUUAUGGUUACACCUAAAUGUGAUAAUGGCAUGUUGUGCAAACAGAAUAAGUGAUAAGAUCAUAUUGAUAAUAUAUAUGUUACUAAUUAAUUCAGAUAUAAUAAACGUUAUAAAUGCGAA